GCGAUUCACAUCGCGCCCGCUUUCUCGUCUCGUAUGCAUGCCUAUCCCGCGAAUGGUGUAGUCAGCCCGUAUCUGAAUUAUUUAUAGACUCGUGCCAGCUGUUUUUUUUUUUAAUUUUUUUUUUUUUAAUUCCGCUUGUGUGCACUAUUGGGAAAUGCGUUUUGCCUUCCUUUCUUCUCAAUAUAUUAAUGUCUUUGUUGGGGAGCGUUUUCUAUCCCCUUCAGAUCCCUCUAAUACAGAAUUGAUGCUUAUUUUUCCCUUCAGGAAGGGGACGCUUUGAGGAUAAUCAUGCUUCACAGAAGAACGGCACCGACCUCCAGUUGCAUUAAACACAACCUCCUCCACUAGGGCUCCAGGAAAAAAAAAAAAAGAGAGAAUAAUUAUAAGAAUAAUCAUUAAAAAGGCAAAAGGAAUGCUUACUCUGGAACCUGCAUUUGACGAUCCUCACCACUCGCGCUGAAUAUCCUCUGAAGUGAUUCUCUCCAGCUUUUGAAUUUGCACCGCUUCAAGACGCAAGAUUGCCACAAAGAAACCUCUAUUUUUUUUACAGCCAAAUAGGAUUGUUUUUUAACUCAUUCCCCCACGUUUGCCCCCGACCCUUAUUCUUCUUAUGUGGAUAUGCAAGCAAGAAGAGGAGACUGGACAUUCCCAACAUGCUCUCUCCCUUGAUCUGUCCGUCUAGAGGUUCUGCUUCUACAAACCAAGGGAGUGUAAGAGCCGAAGAUGAGGCCCAGGGUGGAGUGCUACUCUCCAAGGUUUUGGCUGGUGCUGGCAGUCCUCGCAACAACAGGGAGCGGGGCCCAUGCCCAGAAAAGCCACCCGAGCAUUGGCAUUGCAGUCAUCCUGGUGGGGACCUCAGACGAAGUGGCCAUCAAAGAUGCCCACGAGAAAGAUGACUUCCACCACCUCUCAGUGGUGCCUCGGGUGGAGCUGGUGGCCAUGAAUGAGACAGAUCCCAAGAGCAUCAUCACCCGCAUCUGUGACCUCAUGUCUGACCGCAAGAUCCAAGGGGUGGUAUUCGCCGAUGACACAGACCAGGAAGCCAUUGCCCAGAUCCUGGACUUCAUCUCUGCCCAGACCCUCACUCCCAUCCUGGGCAUCCAUGGAGGCUCCUCUAUGAUCAUGGCAGAUAAGGAUGAGUCAUCCAUGUUCUUCCAGUUUGGCCCAUCAAUAGAACAGCAAGCUUCUGUCAUGCUCAACAUCAUGGAAGAAUAUGACUGGUACAUCUUCUCCAUUGUCACAACAUACUUCCCUGGUUACCAGGACUUUGUGAACAAGAUCCGCAGUACCAUUGAGCACAGCUUUGUGGGCUGGGAACUGGAGGAGGUUCUUCUGCUGGACAUGUCCCUGGACGAUGGGGACUCAAAGAUCCAGAACCAGCUCAAGAAGCUCCAAAGCCCUGUUAUCCUCCUCUACUGCACAAAGGAAGAGGCCACCUACAUUUUUGAGGUGGCCAACUCAGUGGGUCUGACAGGCUAUGGUUACACGUGGAUCGUGCCCAGCCUGGUGGCAGGGGAUACAGACACAGUGCCAUCCGAGUUCCCCACCGGGCUCAUCUCUGUCUCAUAUGAUGAAUGGGACUACGGUCUUCCUGCCAGAGUAAGGGAUGGAAUAGCCAUAAUCACCACGGCUGCUUCUGAUAUGCUGUCUGAACACAGCUUCAUCCCUGAGCCCAAGAGCAGCUGUUACAACACCCAGGAGAAAAGGAUUUACCAGUCCAACAUGCUCAACAGGUACCUGAUCAAUGUCACCUUUGAAGGCAGGAAUUUGUCGUUCAGUGAGGACGGAUACCAGAUGCAUCCCAAGCUGGUCAUCAUCCUUUUGACCAAGGAGAGGAAGUGGGAGAGGGUGGGGAAAUGGAAGGAAAAAAAGUUGCAGAUGAAGUAUUAUGUGUGGCCGCGCUUUGAGCUGUAUCCUGACUCUGAGGAACGUGAGGAUGAUCACCUGAGUAUUGUGACCUUGGAAGAGGCACCAUUUGUCAUUGUGGAGAACGUGGACCCCCUAAGUGGCACCUGCAUGAGGAACACGGUCCCUUGCCAAAAACGCAUCGUGACUGAGAACAAAACAGAUGAGGAGCCAGAUUACAUGAAGAAAUGUUGCAAGGGGUUCUGCAUAGACAUCCUCAAGAAAAUCUCAAAGUCUGUCAAGUUCACCUAUGACCUCUACUUGGUGACUAAUGGCAAGCAUGGAAAAAAGAUCAAUGGGACAUGGAAUGGAAUGAUUGGAGAGGUUGUCACCAAACGGGCCUAUAUGGCUGUGGGAUCCCUCACCAUUAAUGAAGAACGUUCAGAAGUGGUGGAUUUCUCUGUGCCCUUCAUUGAGACGGGAAUCAGUGUCAUGGUGUCACGUAGCAAUGGAACUGUCUCACCUUCUGCCUUCUUAGAACCUUUCAGUGCUGACGUAUGGGUGAUGAUGUUUGUGAUGCUGCUUAUCAUCUCUGCGGUAGCUGUCUUCGUCUUUGAGUACUUCAGCCCUGUGGGCUACAAUCGGUGCCUUGCUGAUGGCAGAGAACCAGGAGGUCCCUCUUUCACCAUUGGCAAAGCUAUCUGGCUGCUGUGGGGGCUGGUGUUCAACAACUCUGUGCCAGUACAGAAUCCCAAGGGUACCACUAGCAAGAUCAUGGUGUCGGUGUGGGCCUUCUUCGCUGUCAUCUUUCUGGCCAGCUACACUGCCAACCUGGCUGCCUUCAUGAUCCAAGAGGAAUACGUGGACCAGGUGUCUGGCUUGAGCGACAAAAAGUUCCAGAAACCAAAUGACUUCUCACCCCCUUUCCGCUUCGGGACGGUUCCCAAUGGCAGCACGGAAAGGAACAUCCGCAACAACUACCCUGAAAUGCACAGCUACAUGGUGAAGUUCAAUCAGAGGGGCGUGGACGAUGCUCUGUUCUCGCUGAAGACUGGGAAGUUGGAUGCUUUCAUUUAUGAUGCAGCAGUGCUAAACUACAUGGCUGGCAGAGAUGAAGGCUGCAAGCUGGUGACAAUUGGGAGUGGGAAAGUGUUUGCCUCCACUGGCUAUGGCAUUGCCAUCCAGAAGGACUCAGGCUGGAAGCGCCAGGUUGAUCUUGCAAUUCUACAGCUUUUUGGAGAUGGGGAGAUGGAGGAGCUGGAAGCUCUCUGGCUCACUGGCAUUUGUCACAAUGAGAAGAAUGAGGUUAUGAGCAGCCAGCUGGAUAUAGAUAACAUGGCAGGUGUCUUCUACAUGUUGGGAGCAGCCAUGGCCCUCAGUCUCAUCACCUUCAUCUGUGAGCAUCUCUUCUACUGGCAAUUCCGCCACUGCUUCAUGGGUGUCUGCUCUGGCAAGCCUGGUGUGGUCUUCUCCAUCAGCAGGGGUAUCUACAGCUGCAUCCAUGGCGUGGCCAUUGAAGAACGCCAGUCAGCAAUGAACUCCCCCACAGCAACUAUGAACAACACCCAUUCCAACAUCCUCCGCCUGCUUCGGACAGCCAAGAACAUGGCCAACCUGUCAGGGGUCAAUGGCUCACCACAGAGUGCCCUGGACUUUAUCCGCCGCGAGUCAUCUGUCUACGACAUCUCUGAGCACCGCCGCAGCUUCACCCACUCGGACUGCAAAUCCUACAACAACCCCCCCUGCGAGGAGAACCUCUUUAGUGACUACAUUAGUGAGGUGGAAAGGACCUUUGGCAAUCUCCAGCUGAAGGACAGCAAUGUGUAUCAGGACCACUACCACCACCACCACCGCCCCCAUAGCAUUGGCAGCACCAGCUCCAUCGACGGGCUCUAUGACUGUGACAACCCGCCCUUCAACGCCCAGUCGCGCUCCAUUGGGAAGAAGCCCCUGGACCUGGGCUUACCCCCUGCCAAGCACAGCCAGCUGGGUGACCUUUAUGGCAAGUUCUCCUUCAAGAGUGACCGCUACGGGGGCAGUGGGACCCACGACGACCUGAUCCGCUCAGACGUCUCUGACAUUUCCACUCACACGGUCACCUAUGGCAACAUUGAGGGCAAUGCAGCCAAGAGGCGGAAGCAGCAGUACAAGGACAGCCUGAAGAAGCGCCCAGCCUCCGCCAAGUCCCGGAGGGAAUUUGAUGAGAUAGAGCUGGCCUACCGCCGGCGCCCGCCCCGCUCACCUGACCACAAGCGCUACUUCAGGGACAAGGAAGGGCUACGGGACUUCUACCUUGACCAGUUUCGGACCAAGGAGAACUCACCACACUGGGAACAUGUGGACCUGACGGAUAUCUACAAAGAACGGGGAGAUGACUUUAAACGUGACUCGGGAGGAGGAGGGGGUGGAUCCUGCACUAACAGGGCCCAUCACAAGCACGGCUCGGGCGAGUUUGGUGGAAGCAAUGAGCACAAGCAUAGCGUUGUGAGCGGGGUCCCAGCGCCAUGGGAGAAGAACCUGACCAAUCUAGACUGGGAAGACCGGAGUGGGGCUAAUUUCUGCCGCAGUUGCCCUUCUAAGCUGCACAACUACACGCCAUCAACGGUGGGGCAGAACUCCACCCGCCAGGCCUGCAUCCGCUGUGAGGCUUGCAAGAAAGCGGGCAACCUGUACGACAUCAGUGAGGACAACUCCCUCCAAGAGCUGGACCAGCCGCCUGCCCCUGUGCCCGUGGCCACCAGUGCCACCUCCUCCUCCAAAUAUCCUCAGAGCCCUUCCAAUUCUGCCUCUAAGGUGCAGAAGAAGAACCGCAACAAACUCCGCCGGCAGCACUCCUACGACACCUUUGUGGACCUGCAGAAGGAUGACUCGGCCCUGGCCCCCCGCAGCGUCAGCCUCAAGGACAAGGGCCGCUUUUUGGAGGGGAGCCCCUACGCCCACAUGUUUGAGAUGCCAGCCAGUGAGACCACCUUUGCCAACAACAAGUCCUCAGUGCCCGCCACCAGCUACCACCACCACAACAACCCCGGCAGCAGUGGGGGCUACAUGCUCAGCAAGUCGCUCUACCCCGACCGGGUCACCCAAAACCCUUUCAUCCCCACUUUUGGGGAUGACCAAUGCUUGCUCCACGGCAGCAAAUCUUAUUUCUUCAGGCAGCCUGUGGUGGCAGGAGGGCCCAAAGCCAGGCCAGACUUCCGAGCCAUUGUCACCACCAACAAGCCGGUGGUCUCAGCCCUUCAUGGGGCUGUGCCAGCCCGUUUCCAGAAGGACAUCUGUAUAGGGAACCAGUCCAACCCCUGUGUGCCUAACAACAAAAACCCCAGGGCUUUCAAUGGCUCCAGCAACGGGCAUGUUUAUGAGAAACUCUCCAGUAUUGAGUCUGACGUUUGAGUGAGAGGGGAAGAGUGCG